AUGACGACUACCUUUGCACUUCUGUACCCUAUUUCGGAAGUGCGAAAACCUAUUUCCUCCUUGUAUCUGCCGUUCACUUUUCUCCUCACCCUGGUACUAUUUCUCCUUCCCAACCAGCGACGUAUAUCGACACUCAUACUCCCCGUUUUGGCCUUUCUAUGCCUAGACUCACCCUGUUAUACUUUUGGCAAUCCGUCGGCGGAAUAUUAUCAGAGCUCGGCGUUUGUUGCGAUGCCGGUGUGGUUCGUCGAAUUCGCCAUUGUGAGAUUAAGAGGCGAGAACGAUGCACCUGUGUUUGUUGGCAGGCAAGACAAGAGCAAAGAUACUAGACCCAAACGCCUUGAGGACUGCCGAAACGUGCGAGAAAAGCUGUUCUGGGCCUCUGCAUUGAUGUUUCCUUCGCAUCGAGGCAUUGGGUGGAACUGGCAGAUCAAGAACGUUCCUCACGAUCCUAACCAGCAUCUUAAGAUCUAA